AUGAGUAAUUUAAUUCCUGUUGUUUUAGUAGUAAUAUUUAUUAUUGUAGUAAUUAUUAUUGGAGUAGUAAUAGGUUUCUGUAUUUAUUAUAAAAAAAUUAAGAAAACAAAAAAUGAUAUAAAAAAACGCAAUGAUAGUAUAAAGAAAUCAUCCUCUACAAAAGAUGAAGCCUCAGUAUCAAAACCAUCUUCAAGGAGUAAAUCAAGAUCACAAUCAAGAACAAAAUCUAAUUCAUCAAGAAAAGAUUCAUCUUCCUCCAAUAUAAAAAGUCGUUCCUCAAGAAGAAAAUCUUUAAGUGGACAAAAGGGAAAAGUUUCAUCAUCUUCUUCUUCUAAAAAAAAUGAAAAUGACUCAAAAUUAAAGUCAAAAAAAAAAUCUAAACAAGCAACUGUUAACUCUCCAAAAAAUAAUGGUUUUCCAGGGGAAAUAAAAGUAGCAUUUCCAACAAAAAAAGAUAGUAAAAUUAUUAAUUCAGGAUCAAAUACCUUACUCAAAUCAGUAGAAAUUGAUCCAAAUUCAAAAAGAACUUCUCCAAAUACUAAUACGCAAAUUUCAAAUAUCAAAAAUGAUAAAAUAGAAGAUAAACCAAUAAUUGACAAUAAGAAAAAUUCUGAUUCUCCUGUGACACCUGACUCUAAAAGUGUUCAUAAUAUUGUUGAAGUUAAACCACAUACACCAAUUAUUUUUGAAGGUUGCCCCACAGGAAGACAAAUAUCAAAUGAUUUACUUAAAUAUAAAACAAAUACACAUUAUAUAUCACCAACAAGUGUUGUUGUUCCAAAAGAAACAUCAGACACUACCACUGUAAAUUCUCCAAUACCAACAAGUGAAGAUAAACAAAAACCUGUACCACCUAAAUCAAAAGAUUCUCUUCCUACAACGGGAAAUUUAUUGUCAGCCAAUAAUAUAACAUACAAUAAUGUUAAUGUUAUGAUUAAUAAUACUCAGGAUGCAGAUAUUAAUGAAACCAUCAAUUCAGUUAUUGAAGCAACUUCUGAUUCAAAAUUUAAUAUAUCUAGUCUUCCUGGACUUCCACCAAUUAAAGAUAAAAAAGACAAUGGAAAUGAUGAUGAUUGGGAAAAAAUAUAA